AUGUUGAUCUUUCCCGACGAUGACGUCAUCAUGCCACUUGGCUCCCCCGAUUCCGGACCCGCCGGUUCGGAGCCCGAGGAAAAACCGAACCUCCUCGUGUUCCCGGACCAGGACCCCGCGGACUCGAACACCACCUCAGCCGUGGCGGGGCCCGCUUCGAUCGACGACGAGCGGAGGCGGAGGAGGAUGAUAUCGAACCGGGAAUCGGCGCGGAGGUCGAGGAUGAGAAAACAGAGGCACCUAGAAAACCUAAGGAACCAGGCGAACCGGCUCAGGGCCGAGAACCGCGAACUGAGCACCCGGCUGCGGUUCGUCUCGUACCACUCGAACCGGGUGCGGACCGACAACGAGCGGCUCCGGUCGGAACACACCAUGCUCCGACACAAGCUCUCGAACAUUCGCCAGAUCCUCACUUUCCGCCAGCUCACCAACCAGUUCGCCGUCGCCACCUCCGCAUGGCCGUGCAAUAACAUUGUCCACCCUACCGCCGCCGCCGCCGCCGCCGAACAAUUCCCCUCAUUAAUCGCCUCAUGA